GCAGCUGAUUGGCUCUUACCAAAGUUAGGUGGACCACUAAGGCAGUUAACUGAAAAUUCAGCUCUUGAUACUUAGGUCUUCAAUCUGUAGAGAAGAAACAAGGCUAAGAUAUAAACAAUCAACAAUACAAAACCAAAAGCAGGAGACAUAAAAUUAAAGAUGGAACCACCACUUAUAUAUGUUAUGCUUUUGCUUUUGGGUGCAUUUGAAUUUUCAUCAGGAGUAGUACAUAAUAAGGGUAAGGAGCGAACUUUCUUUUCUUGUUCUGGUGAUGGGAUCUACACAGGCCUGCAUGCAAUCAAGUUGUUCCUUACCACUGACAAUUUGAAAGUCUACUGUUUCUUCAAAAAUGAAAACCAAAGUCCUUCACAGAAAAUUUUGGGUCUUUUUACAUCAGGAGGCCUUGCUCCCAACAUGAUAAUUAUGAACAGUACAUACUAUGGAACCUACCAUUUUAAAUUAUCUCCGUUCACCGAUCGGUUACAGUGGAUAAUUGAUAUUCCUAGAGAAAAGAUCACAGUAAACACAGAUAUCGCAGCUGUAGAACAAUGGAUUAUAAAGUUCACAAUGCAUGAAGGAUUAAACAUUUAUGAUACAGAAGGGACCUUAUUGGACCUUGUCCGAGAGCCUAUUCUUCAGUGGAAUCUUGGGACUGAAUUUAUACAGAAUAGUAUCACACACUUAUAUGCCUUUGUGGACGGUAUCAAAGUGACAAGGAGCCCCUGUGCCAAUGAUGUGGCUUUAAUAGGCCUUAUUAUGAAACCAUUGUUGAAUGGUGUUUUCAUAGGCAGAACCGCUUCUGGAUUUUGGACUUAUGAGGAAUGCAAAUGGUAUGACAUGACAAAGCUCAUCUAUGAAGGACUUAAGUAUGAACACCAAAUACUUACAGUGAUAGAUUUGGUUUUAACAAAUCAUUUUUUGGUCAUCCUCACCUCUUUGGGUCUUUAUGUAAGUGGUGAUCUUCGUUAUCCAACCACUUCACAGAUAAAGCUUUCAAGAAUAGAGUUCUGUGGCUUUGAAAGGGUUGAUUAUAUCAAAGGAAACCUGUGGUAUAAUGAAAAAUGUUUUGCAAACAGAGAACAUUUUGAAGUGGAUUAUGUUACUAUCACUUUCAAGAGGAACAGAACUCUCAGUGAGUCCAGUUCUUGUUUUUUUAGUAAAGAGCCAUUUCUUCAUUGGUUACCUUGCUUAUAUGAAAAUUAUCAAAAUGAAAGAGAUGUUCCACAUGUGAUAACAUUUCUUAUUGACCAAGAAACUGAAAGUGGAGUUUACCUCAUGCAUAUUCAAAGUUCCAGAGAGACCUAUGUCACUGUAUCUAUGCUCAAGGAUGGGAGUCCAAGUGCUCAUCCAAAAUUUCCUAGUUUCAAAUUUCCUUCCACAUUCACACAUCCAGUUGGAAUGGUGUUCCAUCCCCGAAGCCACUUUCUGUAUGUUUAUGGUGAUAAGGUAUGGAUUUCAAUGGAUGGUGGCAAUACUUUUGAAAUUCUGUGUAACUUAGUCCUAAACUAUGUCCAGGAGACUGCUCAUAGCUUUUAUACCUCAGACAUAGCUUUUAUUCUAAAUGAUGGAAAGAUUUUAAUGACAAAAGCAGGAUUAAACAGAUACAAUGAAUUGGGAAUGCUUAAUGAUACAAUUUUCACAUUGUACUAUGACCAUUUGGGAUACAUACACAAACUGACUCCACGUUCCUUUGAUUAUGGUACAAACCUUUUAGGGCAUGGAAAUUCUGUCAGUAUUUUUGGAAAGGCGCCUGAUAUGGGAUUUGAAACGGCAAUAGUUCCACAAUAUAUCUCUGCCAAAGAAAUGGUUUUUUUUGCAUAUGUACCUCUGAAAACGUCUAAAGACCUUGCACAGACAAUGAAUUUUAAAAAUAUUCACACGGGAAAAACGAUAGAGUAUAGUAAAUCUGGAAUUGCUUAUAUCAGAAAUGUAUUUUCACAUGACGAUCCGAAGGGAUUUUACACAUCUGUUCACACAGAAUUAAUAGAACCUUUUGGGAUGGAGGACUCAAAGGAGAGCCCUUGCUUACAUCAUCCUCUUGAAAUUAAAUAUUCCGGAAACAUAUUCUUCACACUGACUCUUACGUCACAAAAUAUCCAGGAGGGCUUUCUUUCUACAGAUGUAGAGAAGACUGUGUUGAUACCUGGCCAUAGCAGCUUCAUGAUCACAGAAGUUGAGAAUAUGCAGACUGCUAAAGCCUUGGCAACUAUGCCUCAAACAGUAAAAUCAACACUGAACUUUCCAUUAGGUUCUUGGUUCUUGUACAACUUUGGCUCAAUUAGAGGACGGAAUUGGACCAUAGGUACAAAGCCAUGUAAUUAUUGGAUUCAACAAGAUAGUCUUGAUUUUAUGUCCCUUAAUCUUGUGAAGUAUAUUGAUGUGGGAAACACACUAAAUUUUCAAUUUAAGAUUAUUCCAACUGCAAAAGGUAUGUCAACAUAUCCUAUCCCUCCAGUCUCUGUGAUGAUUGGAAACCCAUCGUUGUUGGAUGUUAAGGCACAAGGUUUCUUUGACCUCUUUUUUAAUUAUUAUCUAAACAUUCACGUAUCUGGCAAAUUUUUUCUAAAAGGUUCCACUACACUAGCACUGAUUUUUUGGGAGGGAUCAGUUUCAUGCUUGGUUAUAUCACUGCUCCCAACCAUAAAGAGCAGCUGCAGUUACCUCAGGACUAUGCAGCACCGUCCUGGCAGGAACAUACCACCUGAAGACUGGAUUAGUGGAGUUCACAAGGACAGCCAUGGUUUCAAUAUGAUCAAAACUCUGCCGAUAAACUACAGACCUCCAUCUAAGAUGGGAAUUUCUAUUCCACUCACAGAUAAUUUUUACCAUGCAGACCCUAGCAAGCCCAUACCGAGAAACCGAUUUCACAAGUCAAAGGAAACUGGCAAAUACAAACAGUGUGCUAAUGUUACCAGUCGGGAAAUGUGCAACUGCUCACAACAUCAAAAGACUUCACAUGCUGUUGCUUUCUCAGAUUGCAAAGAAAAGGUUCAUCGUUUCAAGUUUCCAGUCACACAAUACCCAGUUGCUUUGGAAAUUUUCAAUGAAAGAGAUAAAAUCUCCGCAGAACCUCCAUAUUUGGUUACCAUGACUGAAGUGAAUAUGAGGGAAAACUGGCAACUAAAACACAAUGUGCCAGAAAAUGUUAAGAAAAUGAAGAAUUACUUAGAACCACUACUUAAGACCCCAGUGUAUAAUCCUUUGGGUCUCAACCUAAGCAUAAAGGGCUCUGAGCUGUUUCACUUCAGAGUGUCUGUGGUUCCUGGAGUCAGCUUUUGUGACUUACAUGAAGAAUUUCAGAUUUAUGUCGAUGAAGUACCACUGCCUUUUCCAGGACAUGCACUAAUAGCUGUUUCAACAUCUGUAGUGCUAGGGGGACUAAUUUUUAUGGCAUUUGUAUUCCAACUGCGUAACAUCCACCCAUUGAGAGCAUUGAAGAGAUCUAUUAUGGGAAAUCCUGUACAAACCUCAACUACAACUGUCAACUCAUAAUUGAAAGUCUGUAUAAUUAACAAAUGAUAAUCAAUUAUCUUUGAAUCCUAGUUCCAUUAAACAUGUUCAUAUAAUAUAUAUUUAUAAAAUGUGCAUUUGGGACAAUGUUAUAGAAUUAUUAUACUAUUAUAAUUCUAGUUCCUGAUGGUCAGCAGUUCCAUAUUGCAUUUUCUGCUUUUUAAAAUACAUAAAAGAUUAUUUGAGCACUUACAUGGAAUGGGUUUUCUUUUUUUUAGAUUGUUUUCCAAAAUAAAUAGUGAUAACCAA